GCUCACCACAUUUGUGUAGAAAGGGCUGUUCAGUAGAUGAAAACUUCCUGUCGAACACGUUCAAGUCCCUGGGUUUUCAUGUACAGGUGGAGAAGAACCUGUCAGCUAAUGAAAUUAUUGAUGCACUGAGGAAAGUAUCUAAGGAGAACCACACAGACAAUUCCUGCUUUGUGUGUGUACUGAUGAGCCAUGGAGAGGAAGGAACAAUCCUUGGAUCGGAUGAGCGCUGGAUGCCUGUCAAAACUCUGACCUCUCUCAUGACCUCUGACCUCUGCCCUAGUCUGCGGGACAAGCCAAAACUCUUCUUCCUACAGGCCUGCAGGGGGCUGGAAUAUGACCCUGGUGUUGAGGCAGAUAGUGUAGAAGCACCAGGGGAAUUUUUGGGGAUAUCUGACGUUCCCGGGGCAGAUUUCCUCUGCUGUUAUUCCACAGUGAAAGGGUACUACUCUUGGAGAAAUCCAGAAAAAGGCUCUGUAUUUAUCCAUGAACUUUGCGAGAUGUUGAAGGACUGUCAUCUAGAGAUUAUUCAGAUUCUGACAAGAGUAAACCAUCGUGUGGCCAAUCACUUU